CUUAUUCAUACAUUUGCAGAUUAAAAAUGGAAGAAGUUGAAGAAUGUAAUUUUUACAAGGAUCUGGUUUCUUAUUUAGAUAUCACCGGACAGUUGGUCUCAUUAUCCAGGUCAAUCCAAACCUUCUCAACCAACAGCUCAGAGAUCUCCGACAACUCCAGUCUAAAUGAUACCAUCUCCAGCUUCAACUCAAUCUCAGCAGGAAAUACAAAACCUUUCCGACAAAUCUUCUAUUUUCAUGUUGUGGAGGUUUGUAACAUAUCCCCUGGUUUAGCUGUUCUUGUUGAGACUGCUCGAAGCAGGUUUGUUGAACUCCUCCAGGAUGUAGUUUACAAGUUUACCCAGUACUGUGGAUCGGAAGACAUCAUCUCAAAAUCUCAGGUUUGCGUAACUCCAGUGAUCUUUGGUUUAAGUUCUUCUUCCAGAGUUCAAUCUUUAGGAGACAUCCUCAGGUUCUCCUCUAGCCAGGAGUUGAUGACUAUGCAUGGAAAACUAGUCGGUAGAUCAGCUAAGAUCUACUAUGUUAGUAGAACCACCUACCUCUGCUCUAGUCCGGUCUGCUGUGGGAACACUGAGGACGGGAUCUACGUCAAGAUGAGGAAUAUGGCAGAGUCAGGGAGGGAGAAGAUCAAUCAGGAAUGUUUUCUCUGUGGAAAUAUCCUUGUAGAACAAUACAGCAGUAGAGAUAUCUGUUCCAAGGUUUGUGGUUUGUUGAUCCCGGAGACAAAAUCAAACGAACUGCAGAUCAAGCAGACGUUUACAAUCAUUCUCUCUCGGACAGACGCAGCGCUGGCAAUUCUAGGACAAAACUACGAGAUUGUUUUCAAACCUGUAUUUGAGAGACGAGGGAAGGAGGUUGGUAUUCUCCUUGAGGUUUCAAGUCUAGUUCAUCUCCAGGAUCCAGACUGCAGAACUAUACGCUCAGGUUCGGUUUCUGUUCCUGAGACCCUGUAUCGAAUAUACAAGGAUAGGUCGGCUUCUCCCUGGAGUUUCCUGUUAACCCUGGCGUAUCUGACCGGAAAUGAGUCAACACCUCGUGGGUUUCUCAUUAAGUUUAAACUCUGUCUUCUUCUCAGUUUGGUUUCCACCGGCUCCAAGGAUAAGAUUCAUGUUCUAGCUCUUGGGACGGAUACUAACAUCAUUUCCAGGUUGAUGACAGAAUGCCUAGAAUUGGUACCUGGAGUUCAAAUUUUCAACCCCAGCAGUCUUGGGAGUGAAUCUAAACAGUUCCCCGGCUUUGAGACGGGUUCAGAUCUCCAGGUUACUACAGAUACUGUAUGCUGGGUCGGAGAUGUGAACAGAUUGAAACCCAAAGCUUGGAAUGAAGUUAAGCAUAAACUAGAAUCAAGCAGUAGCUUGAACAUUCGAGAAACUCCUAAAAUUCCAGGAGCUGUCUGGAGCUACGCCUACUCGGACACCAGGAAACAGGGAAAGAGGAAUAUUAUCCUUGAAUCUCUUCAUAGUUAUGGAAUUAUUUAUCAAGUAGAUGAUGAGAUAAGGUAACUCACCUGUCAUUGUUGUGCAACCUAUCAAAAUAUUUA